GUAUUUUUUGUUUAUGGGUUUUAUUCCUUCAAUGAUUUACAGAUGCUUGUAAAACGUUCGAAUAACAAUGGAUGCAAGAAGUGAAACAAUUGAACAAAAAAAUAAUGCCAUGAAACUAUCAAAUCAAGAAAAUAAUUUGGGAAAUACGUUCACAAUAGACGAAUAUAUUUCGAAAAAUAAAAUAGUACUCCUUGAUUAUGAGAGGCAAAUGUUUGUGGAUAUGGUUCAGUCGGAUGGAUUAGUAGUUUGCGCAAAAGGGCUGUCUUAUGAUAGAGUCAUUACAAACAUCAUGAGUGCAUAUAAUGAUGCCGGCAACCUGAUAUUUGUCAUAAACUUCUCGGAUUGGGAGGAAACUUAUUACAGAUCUAACUUGGACCAUAAAUUCGUUCACGAAGUUUCUAAUACAGCAUCUGAACGGGAACGAGUAUACCUCGAAGGUGGCAUUCAAUUUAUAUCGACUCGAAUUUUUGUAGUGGAUUUACUGAAGAGUCGCAUUCCCAUCGAGUUGAUAACAGGGGUUUUUGUGAUGCGGGCACAUACCAUUGUUGAAUCUUGUCAGGAAGCUUUUGCUCUACGUCUUUAUCGACAGACGAAUAAAACUGGAUUCAUCAAAGCAUUCUCCAGCAACCCUCAAGCAUUUACUAUUGGCUAUUCCCAAAUUGAACGAACGAUGAGAAAUCUCUUUGUCAAAGAACUAUAUAUCUGGCCCAGGUUUCAUGCUACGGUUCGAGCAUCUCUCAAACGCUUCGAAGCCCAAAGCGUAGAAUUGCAUGUACCUAUGUCCGAAAAAAUGACCGUUAUCCAGGGACAUAUUCUGGAUAUUAUGAAUUACUUGGUAAAGGAAAUCAAACGCAUAAACCGCACAGUGGAUUUAGAUGAGAUCACGGUUGAGAAUUGCGUUACAAAACAGUUUCACAAAAUCUUGCAAGCUCAGCUCGACUGCAUCUGGCAUCAACUUAACUCUCAGACGAAGUUAAUUGUUGCUGAUUUAAAAGUAUUGCGAAAUUUAAUGAUAUCUACUAUCUAUAAUGAUUCUGUAAGUGCAUACGCACUAAUAAAGCGUUAUAGAACAACGGAAUAUGCUCUCAGUAAUUCUGGGUGGGUACUACUUGAUUCUGCAGAGCACAUGUUUAUAACGGCCAAAGAUCGAAUAUAUAACGCUAAAGGCGAAUUCGAACCAGAACCCUGUCCAAAGUGGGAAAUUCUAAAAGAAAUUUUGAAAAAUGAAAUACCCAACGAUAUGAAAAGAAAAAAUGCUAAUACUCUGUUGAUACCAAAAGUACUUAUUUUGUGUCAAGAUUCCCGAACAUGUUAUCAACUGAGGCAAAUGUUGACAGAAGGAGGUGAAAGAUUUCUACUUUAUAAAGCAAUGAAAAAUAAUGUUCUAAUCGGAAAAUUAUCAAAAUCGUAUCAGAGGAUUCAAAAUACAAAGUUACCUGAAACAGAUACAUCCCUGCAAAAAACAGCAGAUAAAACUGCAGUAGAUACAACUUCUGCACAAAAAAAAGGAGAAGAAAACGAACUUACACAGUUGUUAGCAAAUUAUGCUUUUCCUAAUGAAGAAGUUUUUCAAGAAAACUACAUGCUUACUAUGACUCAACAAGAAAAUGAAAUCGGUUUUGGUAAUGAGGUAGAUAUGAAAAAACAUAAAAUGGAUGCUUCAGUUUUUGAAUCAUUUCCAGAGAUGGAAAACCUGGAUAUAACUGCUACAAUUGCAAGAAAUAAACAACCCCUUAUUUGUAUUCAAACAUUCAAGACAGAACGUGAAGGAGUCAUGGGAUUGGAUAGAAUAUUAGCUGAGCUGCAACCCCAUUAUGUUAUCAUGUAUCAUUGCAAUAUUGCAGCAAUUAGGCAACUAGAAGUGCACGAAGCACGUUUAAGUCGACCUGUAGUUGAACGAAUUCAAGUUUAUUUCUUAAUCCAUGCUCAAACAGUUGAAGAACAAUCUUAUUUAACAAGCCUGCGAAAGGAGAAACAAGCCUUCGAACUUAUUAUCGAUACAAAAAGUAAAAUGGUUAUCCCAGAAUAUCAAGAUGGUAGAAGUGAUGAGGCAUUUGUUCUGCUUAAGCAUUAUAAACACUCCGAAGAGGACCAUAAUGAAACUACUCGCAAAGCUGGUGGGCAGGUUGGUACAGUUCUAGAAUCGCGUAAAAUCAUUGUUGACAUGAGAGAAUUUCGUUCUGAUUUACCUUGUUUGAUUCAUAAGCGUGGAAUUGAAAUAUUUCCAGUAACGAUUACCAUCGGUGAUUACAUUUUAACACCAGAGAUAUGUGUUGAAAGAAAAUCUAUUUCUGAUUUGAUAGGUUCUUUAAACUCUGGUCGUUUGUAUAAUCAAUGUAUUCAAAUGCAGCGCCACUACACAAAACCAAUUUUAUUAAUAGAAUUCGAUCAAAGCAAACCCUUUCACUUGCAGGGCAAGUACAUGUUGUCAGCCAAUACGACAACAACAAAUGCUGAUAUAGUUAAAAAACUUCAACUUUUGACUAUACACUUUCCAAAAUUGAGACUUAUUUGGUCUCCAAGUCCUUAUGCAACUGCUCAAUUAUUUGAAGAACUUAAAAUGGGUAAACCAGAACCUGAUCCAAAAACAGCGGCCGCAAUUGGCUCAGAGGAGGGAGGCGGAGGUGUAGAUGUUCUGGACAAAUUCAAUUCGAAUAUAUUUGAUUUUAUGUUAAGGCUACCGGGCAUUAGUUCGAAAAAUGUUCAUAAAGUAAUGCGGCACGGAGAAAAUCUUAAGAAAAUAUUAACGAAAUCUCAGGCCGAGGUGGCAAAACUAGUAGACUCACAAACAAAUGCAAAAAUGCUUUACGAUAUUUUACAUGUCGCACAUUUACCACAGAAGGAUGAACUUGUUGUAGCAGCCCCUGGAGUUUCGAAGUUCGGAAAAGGAGGACGAGGAAAAUUUAGCUGGCGACGCAAGUAACAAUAGAAAACCUCAGUCAUUCAAGUGGAUUACGUGUUUUUUUAUUUAUUAUAUUAAAUUUUUUUUAAAUAAUU